AUGAACAUCGUCUUUACUGCUCGCAAGUCGAGCGCAGUCUUCCAUGCGAUCAAGGGAAACUUUACUGGACCUGAUGAUCUCAACCUCAUUCUUGGGGUCGAGGUGUACCUGGUCUCGAGCGAUGGCCUCAAGAUGGUCAAGGAGUUUGGAAUAUACGGCGAGAUUGCAUGCCUGGAACCCUUCCGACCUCCAUGCAUCCCUGUCAACCCGAACUCGUCCCUUGUGCCAAGUGGACGCACUGGCACGAGCGGUGGUCAGAGUACAGGUCGCCCAACAAACCCCUCUCGACCCAGCACUAGAUCUAUCGAUUCGACUUUUUUGGAUCCAUUUGACCUUCCCAUCGACGAAGUGACCAUCAUGUCGAUGGUCUUUUUGCACGGCUGCCAACGACCCACCCUUGCGCUGUUGUACCAGGAUAAGAAAGAGGUUCGCCAUGUCAAGACGUACGAGUUCGAUCUCAAGAAUAAGGACAAGUCAGAGACUGGAUGGGCUCAAAGUGGGCUGAGCGGAGCGAGGACUUGUAUUGCUGUCCCAGCUCCCAUUGGCGGCUUUUUGGUUGUCGGCGAGUACUCGAUUUCCUACUUCAACCCAGCACAGACAACGGCAAUCUCGAUCACCAUGAACGCUACGAUCAUGCAGUGCCACAACCAUAUCGACCAAGGAACCCGAUACCUCCUCGGUGAUCACAAGGGAAUGCUGUACAUCUUGGUCCUGGAAAUCAACAACAAUGCAGGAUCGUCUUCGAACCGAUUCAUACCAGUGUCAGGGCUGAAGUUGGAAAGCUUGGGCACUAUUUCGAUUCCAGAGGCGCUCGUUUACCUUGACAAUGAUCACGCCUUUGUUGGCUCCCAUCUGGGUGACUCGCAAUUGGUACAGCUGCAUGAGAACCCCGAUGAGCAGGGCGAAUAUGUGGAGAUUAUGGAGACGUUCACCAACAUUGCACCCGUCCUUGAUUUUGAGGUCGUCGAUUUGGAGGGACAAGGCCAGGGCCAAAUUGUGGCAUGCUCAGGAGCAUUCAAGGACGGGUCGCUGAGAAUUGUCCGAAAUGGUGUCGGUAUUAAUGACAGGGCCGUCCUGGAGCUCCCUGGAAUCAAGGGACUUUGGUCACUGAAAGAGAACUUGGAUGCCACCACCGAAGACACCCUGGUGAUGAGCUUUUUGAACUCGACGCGCGUGGUCCGUGUUACGCCCGACUCUGAGAUGGUUCAGGAGGAGCUUGAUGGAUUCUUGAGCGACACGGCCACAUUGCUCUGUGGAAACGCGCAGGCAGGUCUCCUCAUUCAAGUGACGGAGGGGUCUGUUCGGUUGAUUGCGCCUCCUCAGCAUAUCCAAGCCGGAUUGAUCUCAGAGUGGAAACCUCCAGCAGGAGAGUUGAUUUCGAUUGCAUCCAUGAACGGCACCCAGUGUCUUGUGGCUAUCGGCGGCAAGACCCUUGUCUAUCUAGACAUUGGAUCUGAAGUGGUCAAAAAAGUCGGUCAAACUACGUUUGAGAACGAGAUUGCGUGUAUUGAUGUCAACGCGAUCGACGGCGAGGAUCGACAUGCCUCACAGGUAUGCGCAGUCGGACUGUGGACAGACAUCAAGGUUCUUUUGGUCCGCUUGCCCACCAUGGAGAUCCUUGCUUCCCACGACUUGCCAGGAGAUAUCCUUCCUCGUUCGCUGCUCCUGUCACGAUUUGAAGGUGUACCUUAUCUCUUGGUCGGACUCGGUGACGGACAUUUGUUGACGUUUGUUUUGGAUGCAACUCUCAGCAGCUUGCCAUCUCCUAAAAAGAUUUCGCUUGGUACGCAGCCUGUCAUGCUUCGACAGAUUUCGGCAGCUCAGGCCGAGGAUGGUUUGGCACCCGCACCAGCAUCUGCAGCUGGAAAGUCAGACCAUGUCUUUGCUUGCAGUGACCGACCUACUGUGAUUUACAGUUCCAACCGCAAGAUCCUCUACUCCAACGUCAAUCUCAAGCAGGUCGCCACGGUUGCCUCAUUCAACUGUACGGCCUUCCCGAAUGCGCUAGCGCUUGUUGGGUCGGAUGAGGAGAGUGUCCUCCGGAUUGGAAGUAUCGACGAGUUCCAGGAGCUGCAUGUCCGCACAGUUCCUGUCCACGAGAGUGCCAGACGCAUUGCGUACAUGUCGUCGCGAAAGUGCUUUGGAGUCCUCACCACCCAGAUUGUAUGCGAGGAGCCGGAGACCUUUGGAUCAACCCGCAUUGUUGCCUGUGAUGAAGAAGAAAUUGGAUUCGUUCGUCUCUUCGAUGACCAGACCUUUGAUGUGCUGGAUUCGUACGAGCUGCAGAGGGAUGAGGCACCUCAGUGCAUCACGGCUGUUACGUUUGCAGGUGAUCCAACGAGCUACAUUGCGGUCGGAACAGCAGACGCGAUCUCGGAGGGUGUUCCCGCCAAGGGUCGUAUUUUGAUUCUGGAAGUGUCAGAGACCAGCAAACUCAAGUUGGUGACAGAGUUGGAGGUGCAAGGAGGUGUGAUGUCGGUCAAGGAGUUCCAGGGCAAGCUCCUCUGUGGUGUCAACCAUCGGAUCUGUCUCUAUGCGUGGAAGACUUCGGAGAAGGGGUCGAGCGACAACAAUCUGACGUUGGAAUGCACACACCGUGGAUUCAUCCUGGUUCUAUCGCUUGCGGUCCAUGGCGAGUUUAUUGUUGCGGGUGAUAUGCUUAUGAGCAUGACGCUACUCCGGUACACAGACAAGAAGAUUACCGAGAUUGCCAGGGAUUCAUCGAUGGAUAUGUUGACUGCGCUGGAGGCGAUCGAUGACGAGACGUUUAUUGCGUCCGACAAUGCGUCGAGUCUGUUUACGCUUGUCAAGAACACGGAGACAACGAGCGAGGAUGAGGCCAAGCGGUUGCAGUGGUCUGGAGGAUGGCACUUGGGCGACCAGAUCAACCGGUUCAAGCAUGGAUCGCUUGUGAUGACGAACCAGGAGGGUGAUGCGCCUGCGAUCCCCAAGUUGCUGUUUGGGACUGUUAGUGGAGCCAUCGGUGUUGUUGCAACGCUUACCGCGGACAAGUACGAGCUCCUUCACAAGCUCGAAACCAACCUGUCCAAAGUCAUUCGUGGCGUCGGCGGCCUCGACCACACCAAGUGGAGACAGUUCAGGAGCGACCAGAGAACGUUGCCUUCGACCAACUUUGUGGAUGGAGAUUUGAUUGAGCUGUUCUUGGACCUGACAGAGGACGAGGUGAACAAGGUCAUGAUGGGUUCUGAGGGAGGCGAGGCGAUUGAUGUCUCUGUCACUGAGGUGACCAAGCUCAUCGAAGAGCUCUCCCGUCUUCACUAA